AUGAGGGUUGCGUUAUUAUGGACAAUAAGUGAUUUCCCUGCAUAUUCAAUGUUGUCCGGUUGGAGCACAGCAGGCAAGACUGCUUGUCCAUAUUGUAGGGACGAUUCAGAUGCAUUCACAUUGACAAAGGGUGGUAAACAAUCAUGGUUUGACAAUCACCGUAAAUUCUUACCAGUUAACCAUCCUUUCAGACGGAAUAAAAUUGCUUUUAGAAAGAACAAGACAGUUACAAAAAGUGCUCCCCCCAUUCUAUCUAGUGAGGAAAUUUUAGAACAAAUAGAACAUCUAGGAUUAAUGUGUGUCACGGAUAUGGGUGCAGAUGAGAAUAACGAUUUGCAAAGCAAAAACACGGGUUGGAAGAGACGGAGCAUUUUUUGGGAUUUGCCAUAUUGGACUACUAACAUGCUUCGCCACAACCUGGAUGUCAUGCAUAUAGAGAAAAAUGUAUUUGAAAAUAUUUUUAAUACUGUGAUGAAUGUUGAAGGGAAGACGAAGGACAAUGCUCAAUCAAGGGAAGAUUUGAAAGAGUACCUUAGGAAGUUAAAAAAUAAUGUGAAAAAUAAAGCCAAAGUGGAAGGUUCCAUAUGCAAUGCAUAUUUAGUUGAAGAAGCAUCGUCAUUCUGCGCUCAUUAUUUUGAACCCCAUGUCAACACAAGGCAUCGAAAGGUUCCACGCAAUGAUGAUACAGUCGAGCAUAUGGAUGAACAUCUAGGGAAUCUAUCAAUUUUCACUCAUUCCGGUAGGCCACUGGGAAAAGGAAAGGUUAGAUAUCUCACAGAACAAGAAUUUCAAGCAGCACAAAUGUACAUCUUGUUGAAUUGUAUAGAAGUAAAACCGUACAUUGACAUUUUUGUUAAUGAGUUACACAUGGCCAAUCCAAAUAUCAAUGAUAAACAAGUUGAUGAGAAACUAGAGCGUGAAUUUGAUAAGUGGUUCAAUAAAUAUGUUCACAAUCCCUCCAACAAUAUAUCAAGCCAGUUUUUAAAGGAUCUAUCAAAGGGUCCAUUAAGAAGUGUUAUGUGCUACAAUAGUUAUGUAGUUAAUGGUUAUAAAUUUCACACUAAAGGUUAUGGUUCGCAUAGGGCAACGAUGAACAGUGGGGUAUGUAUCAAGGGGACUAAUUACAGUACUAAUGAAAGUGACUACUAUGGACAAUUAAUUGAAGUGCUACGAUUGGAGUACCCUGGAUUACCAAUCAAAAGAACUGUAUUGUUUAAAUGUGAUUGGUAUGAACCAUUUGUUCUUGCUAUCCAAGCUGCUCAGGUGAAUUAUUCCAUAUAUCCAAGCUUAAAACGUGACAAGGAUGAUUGGUGGGCUGUGUUCAAAAUCAAAGCGAGAUCUGUUAUUGAUCUUCCUGAGCAAGUGAAUGUCACAACCCCCCCUGCACGGGAAGAACCAUUUCAAGAAGAUGAAAUGGAAGUCCCUUUGAUUCAAAUUGACGAUGAUGAUGAUCAACAACAAUACUUGAAUGAUCAAAACGGUGUACUAGUUGAAAUUAAUGAAGAGGAUGUUGAAGAUGAAGAAGAGCUUGAAUUGGACUCAGAAAGUGAUGAGGAAUGCGAUGAUGUAUAUGAUAGUGAUACUAAUUAG